UGGAAAAGCCCGUUUUCGACGUUUUCGUGCCCUCUAAGCUGCAAUUUCAGAAUCAGCGAGAGGAAUAAGCUCAGGAACCCUAGUAACCGACUCGUGCCGGGUCCUGGUGGAAAAGUGAUAAGAGAGCAUGUCCGCGAAAAAGGUGCAGGAGUCCAGGCGAAGCGGCCACGCGGGAGCGCAGAUGCUGUUGCACCCGACUCUGCAACUGAUAAACUCUGUACAUACGGGGAUGUCAACGGUGCAAAUUGUAUUGCGAGCUGCACAGUGAUUAGAGCAUAUUGGUGAUUUACGAUGUCCUAGAGCCAUUUCAUCAACCUCAGCAGAUAUAUGAUAGUUGCAUAGGCUGCUCAAUC